AUGAAUAAUGUAAAGAACCAGACAGAUGUACAAAACACCACUGGAAUCAUAAAUCUUGAGAAUGUUAACGGAACCGAGAAUUGCCUCACAUUAUGCGCAGAGAAAACAAUUUCUACUACAGUGCAUGUUUUAUUGUAUAUGUCUGCAGUAACUGUAGUUCUGCUUACUGUGUGUGGAAACCUUCUCGUCAUCAUCUCUGUGUGUCACUUCAAGAAGCUACACACACCAAGUAAUAUCCUCAUCUUCUCUCUGGCUGUGUCGGAUAUUCUUGUGGGAAUUAUUCUGAUGCCAUUACGUUUUAUCUGGAUGAUUGAAUCAUGCUGGUUUUUUGGAUUAAUAUUCUGUCAUGUAUACAAUUUUUUCUCUUUCCAUCUAACUAGUGUUUCUGUGCAUAAUGUUGCUCUAAUCGCUAUAGAUCGUUAUUUUGCAUUAAGUCAUUAUUUUCUCUACUCAAAAGAAGUCUCAAAAAGUGUCAUGUACAUUGUAGUUUUGUUUAACUGGAUGUUUUCACUCUUCUACAACUUUGCUUUGCUUUACUUCAAUGGAAACUUCACAGAUUUAACAAUGUGUCCUGGAGAAUGCUUUCUUGUCCAAGAUGAGGUAUGGUCUCUCGUUGAUGUACUGAUUGUGUUUGUUUUUCCAUGUGCAGUGAUAAUUAUCUUAUACAUGAGCAUCUUUUUCAUUGCUAGAAAACACAUUAACAGCAUUAGAAAACUCGAUAUUCAGAGAAAUGGAGUGGAUGGUAAGAAUGCUAAAGAUUCUGUGACAUCUGAGAGAAAAGCUGCUAAAGUACUUGGAAUAUUAGUGUGUGUCUUCCUGGCAUGCUUAAUACCAUAUUAUGUCUGCAUUUUUCUUGGCAAUACUAUACAAAGUGAAUUCCUGUAUAAUGUCAUAAGUAAUGUCUUGAUUGUCUUUUAUCUGAAUUCAUUCAUCAACCCAAUAAUCUAUGCUUUGUUUUACCCAUGUUUUCAGAGAAGUAUAAAACUCAUUUUAACAUGUCAAAUAUUUAACAUGAAUUCCUCUCUGAUUAAUGUGCUUGAGUAA